GCAAGGUCGGGGGUCAUUCGCGUCCGCGAUCACAUCCCAUCCUCAUGACUCGGUGAUCUUGAGGAUCGUCACGCCAAAACAUUCACGACAACAUCGCUGAAUACUGCUCGAACUCUGUCUUACCGCCUUGCCACGCAUCGGCCGAAUUCAGACAUCCACCACGAUGAGCGGUGCAGAGCGCAGGUCGGCGGAUGGCGCUGCGAGCGAUAGCUCAGAGGUACCCUCUGCAACACACAAUACUACCACGACCACAACUUCAGUACCAAGUAAGCUGAGACAUGGCCGCAAGCCAAUGUAUGACUCUGAUGCCUCGGCCGAUGGGCUCGAUCCAGCUGUGGAUGACGAAGAGCUGGAGAGAGGAGGCGCUCCUGCUGAAGCGCAAGCACACGAGACGGACCCUCUGUUGAGAACGAGCAACUCUCGGCGGCAAUCGGGUGGACUGUUCGCAAACGUCUCGCAGAGGUGGUCGGACUUCUUUCACUCUCACACAGGUGGUCGGGGCUCAGUACGAAGGGGAAAGAGGAGAGAUCUUGGCAGCGCCAACUCUGCAAGACGCGUCUCGAGCGCGAGCAAUUCGCCAAGCUCGUUUGCCGUCUUUCGAGCGAACCAUCCUGCCCUCCUCCGUGCUCUCUGGGUGCUCCUUGGAUUGAUUGCAGCAGUCAUCUUGUUGAUUGUUGUAGCUUUGGUGCACCUAUUCACCGUCACACUGAAGGCGCCGGACGCGGACGCGCAAGCCCAGAUCUUGGAUCAAAGUCUGCUCGUAAAAGGCCCUGAUGCUGUCUCUUUGCUCAACAUCAGCGAUGCCGGGUUACUCGUGCGCAUUGACGGUCGUCUGGGCAUCGAUCCCGACACUGCCCUGGAUCUCUGGCUGGGACAGCGCACAGAGGCUAGCUGGUGGUCCCGCAAAGAUCGCAGCAUCGUCGAAUGGGCACUCGGCAAGAUGGGCGGAGUGCGCGUUGAAGUAGGACAGCUGCAAUUUGCGGAACCCGAUUGGGCUUUGGAUCUGGAAGAAAAGUACCUUGAUCUCAUCCCUUCUGACUCGAAGCGGCAUUCUUCAAGCGAUGCACUCUCAGAGUCCGCCGAGCUCAUCACCUUCGGCCUAGACGGCAAAGCCGUUCGUACGAAGCCAAACACACAUCCGCCGCAAGAUUUGAUGUCCUUUCACAUCGACCCCAUCAUCGUGCCUUUCCCUCAGCUGCGCUCGCGUCUCGAUGAGAGCCAAUCUCGCGAUAACAAGACACAUCGAGCUCACCAAGAGCUUCGCCCUCUCAAUCUGACACUGCUCCUUAAGCCUGUCUCGCCUGCUCCGUACCUCAUGGAGGUCGCGAAGGCAGCCAUCAAGCAGCGCAAAGCCACGCUUGACAUCAAAGUUGCUAGCCUGAAUGUCAGAGGGCUGGGAAAGCGUGAGCUCAAUCGAGGAGAUGUUAAAGGAGGAAGAUGGAAUGUACCCGGGUGGAUCAAUCUCGGACAAGGUGACAUUCGCAAGCGUAUCAGUCAGCGAGUUCCCAAGCUCAAAGACUCGAACAGCACGUCCGACUUGCUCGAUCUGCAGCGAUACGAGUUCUUCGAGGUCGGAUCCGAAGCCAUCAAGGAUGCAACUUCAGUUCUCGCUUCUCGCGCGCUGGGCAUCAAAGCUUUUGCCAAAGCAAAAAACCCGUUGGGCGACUUGCUACACGGUCACGUGCGCUACAACUUGCCUUUCGGCGCGUUUCUGCCCCUUCCGAAGACGGACAGCACUGGUCUCAGCAGUGCCAGUCAAGAGGACGCGACCUUGUUGGCAGUGAUCGCUAGCGACCCCUUGGAGCUGACUGGGGCACCCAAUAUUUCUCUAUCGCUGCAAGGCCGUGUCGUGCCGCCAGCAGACGGUAUCGGUGAAAGCGCGGAGACUAGCGUCGAUGCGCACACCAGCGUGCCGGGUGCUGGACAGGCCGCAUUCGGCGUUACGGAGGACGGUCCGGCUCGCACCGCUGAAACGCCUGCUCAAGCAGCGCUUUCCAAUUUCCUCAGCCGCUUCUUGCGCGGAGACCCUAAUACAGUCCUUGUAAGGGGCGGAUCGCCUUUCGCCGAAGGUGACCCACAGAACGACCCGACUCUUCCUGGAGGCGGAUCGCGCCUGCCAGAGUGGCUUGAUGGGGCUCUGCGCUUGCUCGAUCUGCCAAUCAGUUUCCCGGGUAGCAAAGUGACGGACUUGAUCAAAAACGUCACCAUCAACGACCUGAAAAUCACGCCGCAUCCAUUUGAGAAGGAAAAGUUGGUAUGCUCCGGUGUCGUGAUGGGCGAGAUGGCGCUUCCCGGCCAGCUCGCGACGAUUGACGUCCAGAUCACCCACCUCUGGCCGGACAUUCUGAUCUUUGACGGCAAGCCGCCUUCCAUGCGGCACGGAGACGAUGAUGACGACGACGGCGAUGAUGACGACGAUGAUGGGCUCUCACACUCACGACAAGGUCUACGCUCUUCUACUGAGGAUCCAGAACCACCCGAGCCUUUGCCCUCGCCCUUGCCCAAGCACGCAUUCGGGAGAGUUCGGCCGCACAACUAUACAGAGGCCAAGACUUAUAUCGAUCCGACGGACCCGAAGAAGCAGCGCAAGCUGUUACGCUCGGAGCUCAAGGACGUGCCCAUCACUGUGCUCGAUGGCCGUGGCAAAGAAUUCAGAGCCUACACUUGGAAGCUGGUCACUGGCGAAGGCGCACUGACGGGCAUUGAAGGCAAGGCCAAGGCCAAAAUUUGGAAUUCUGGACUUGGACACUUGACGCUGCAGAAUCUACCAGUCAAGGGAGCGUUCAUGGUAGGCAAGCGCGGCGGAGGCGAUGACGACGACGACGACGACGACUUGUCAUAAGGCGCCCUAGCCUCGAUCACUUUCUCCCAACGCAAUCAAUCCCCUUACUUUAGUCCGCGCCGUCCGCAGCCCAGACUUCGUGGCCCAGACCUCCUCGAAGCUCCUUCUUCUUGCCCUCCACUUUGUGUCCCUGUUCACCUAUGUACGGAUACUGAACGUGACAACUGAUCGAUGACUUGUUGAUAACGAUGUUUUGUACUUUCUCGCUUCUCGCUGUCAUGUGCAGAAAGCGCAGCACUCCGACCGACUUAGCGCUGCGAUUGAGAAUACAAAUUAAAUUG